AUGAAACCUGAAAUGCUGUUGAAAAUUAAGGAAGAGGUGAAAAAACAAUUCGAUGCAGGAUUCUUAGAAGUAGCUAAGUACCCUGAAUGGGUUGCAAAUAUUGUCCUAGUGCCUAAGAAUGAUGGGAAACUCAUAUUAAAUUCGACAAAGUACUUUUUUGGAGUCAUUUCAAGAAAGUUACUUGGGUUCGUCGUCAGUGAAAGAGGAAUAGAAGUUGACCCAGAUAAAGUUCAAGCAAUCCGUGAUUUACCUCCUCCCAAAAUACAGAAAGAAGUUAGAGGAUUCUUGGGAAUGUUGAUUUAUAUAGCCCAGUUCAUAUCACAACUCACACUCAAAUGUGACCCAAUCUUCAAGCUCCUUCACAAACACAAUCCUAGGGCAUGGAACGAGGAGUGCCAAGUUACUUUUGACAAGGUUAAAGAAUAUCUAUUGAGUCCGUCAAUGUUGGUACCACUUGUGGUCGGGAGACCGUUCCUUUUGUACUUGACAGUAAAUGAAGGAUCCAUGGGAUGUGUGUUGGGACAGCAUGAUGAAACUGGUAAGAAAGAAAGGGCAGUUUACUACUUGAGUAAAAAGUUCACUAAGUACGAGUCCAAGUAUUUCUUGUUGGAAAAGAUGUGUUGUGCUUUAGCAUGGACAACGCAUCGACUCAAGCAGUACGUGCUAUAUCAUGCCACUUGGCUCAUUGUGAAGUUGGAUCCUAUUAAAUACAUCUUCAAGAAACCAUCCUUAUCAGGUAGAGUGGCAAGAUGGCAAAUGUUGUUGUUUGAAUAUGAUAUUGUAUAUGUGUCCCAAAAAGUUAUUAAAGUAAAUGCAAUCGUAGAUUUUUUGGCGAAAAGGGUGGGGGAGGAUUAUGAACCAAUGGAGUCUGAGUUCCCAGAUGAGGACCUGAUGUCAGUUUGUCAAACAAAUGAGGAGGAAUCAGAGGAGAAAAAGAAUUGGAAGAUGUUUUUUGAUGGAGCUUCGAACGCCUUAGGGCAUGGCAUAGGAGCUGUGUUAGUGUCACCAGAAGAAGAUCAUUAUCCCGUCACAGCUAAACUUAACUUCUAUUGCACCAAUAAUAUGGCUGAAUAUGAAGCUUGUGUCAUGGGUCUUCAAGCAGCAAUCGAGAGGAAAAUUCACGUUUUAGAAGUGUAUGGGGAUUCUGCUUUGGUCAUUUAUCAGUUGCGAGGAGAAUGGGAGACACGUGACUUGAAGUUAAUCUGGUAUCAUAAGUAUGUUUCAAAGCUAAUUGAAAAUUUUGAUAAGAUUUGCUUCACCCAUUUGCCCCGAGAGGAGAAUCAAAUGGCUGAUGCAUUAGCCACGCUGGCAGCAAUGUUCAACGUUGGUACCGAUGUUAAGAUUCAACCCAUCAUGAUUAAUGUUCGAGAGUGCCCUGCGCAUUGCUCUAGCGUAGAGGAAAAAGUAGACGAGAAAUCGUGGUACCAUGAUAUUGUGCAUUAUCUCAAGUUUCAGCAGUAUCCGGAACAAAGCUCAGAAAAUGAUAAGAAAACCAUUAGAAGGUUGGCAAUGAAUUUCUUCUUGAAUGAGGACAUCUUAUACAAGAGAACUAGGGAUCAAGUGCUUUUGAGAUGUGUGGAUUCAACCGAAGCUCGGAGAAUAGUUGAGGAAGUUCACGAAGAAAUUUGUGGGGCACAUGCAAGUAGGCAUAUGUUGGCAAGAUAG